AUUAACAUUUUACAAAUCACCACACACGCUGUUAUGCUGAUAAAGAAAUUGUGUAUAGAACAAAAUAGAUAUUGUUUUCAUUUUGCAUUGUGUUUAAAAGGAAUUGUAAUUUGAAACUUAGUGGCAUUGCUGUUAGUUCUGAGUGUUGGUCGUUAUUAUUAAAUUCACAACGAUUUUUGUUCAGUUAUAUGCACAAAUUAGUAAUAGUUUGAAUAUAUUUUAAGUGGAAAUCUUGUAAAAUGGGCUGCUUUUGGUCAGACGAGAAUCACGAGACGUGCCGACAUUGCAAUAGAAAAGCAGUUAAUAAUUUGAUUAUUGUGAAUGAAUGCUGCCAAAUAUGUCAUGAAUGGGUGACAAGACAAGAAAGUUCUGGAAGUCGGGUUGGUCUUCAAAGGCGUUCUAAUUUUGGUCCAUAUUAUGGUGAAUACAAAUGCCGGAGUUGCGGGCGAUACUGGAAUAGCAGACUUUGUUGGCCAAAGUCAUACCAAAUGUGUAAAAGGUGUAAAAUACCAGUCUACGCAUACAAUUACAGAGAAUUACGAGAUUCAGAUCUAUCUAAACAGGAGGAUAAGGAGCAUGCGAGUGAUUUAUGCCAAAAAUGCAAAGAAUUGGGACAUUAUUGUAGAUUCACUCGCAAGAAAGGAAAAUCAUUCAAGAAUUUCUAAACGAGAGAAACCACUUUAUAUAAAAAAUAUUUAAUCAAUACCAAAAAUAUGUUUAUUAAUAAAAUCUGAAAACGU